AUGAGUCAAUUCCUAAAUAUUAGGAUAAACAGAAGUAAAUUGACAGAUUGUUCUGUGAAGAUUAAUAACGCAGGAGCAUCGUGCGUAGAAGUAGACAAGGAGGGUCUAAAGGAAAUAGAUGCCACAGUGAAAAAAUUUCUGUAUGAUUUUAAAGGAAAUGCUCUUGAAGCUAAUGGGUGGGGAAUGAUGCUUCCAGCAUACAGCAUAUCAAAGGCCAGCCUCAAUGCCUACACAAGAGUUCUUUCCAAGAAAAAUCCUGACAUACUCAAUAACUGUGUUCAUCCUGGGUUUGUAGGCACUGAUCUCAACUGGCACAAAGGCACAAUGACAGUAGAUCAGGGUGCUAGAGGACCAGUCAUGCUGGCCCUUUUACCAGAUGAAGGCCCUACAGGUUGCUAUUUUGAUUGCACUGAAUUAGCAGAAUUUUAA